AUGACGGCCUCAAUGACCUCAAACCCCACCACGACGGCCGUCUCGGCCCCGGGCAAGGUGCUCCUCGCCGGCGGCUACCUCGUGCUGGACCGCGCCUACACGGGCCUCGUCUUCGGGCUCAGCGCCCGCAUCAACGUCGUCGCCGCCGAGAUCCACACCAUGCCCGGCGUGCACCUGACCGAGAUCGUCGUCGAGAGCCCGCAGUUCCUCGACGCCGUGUGGCGCUACGGUUUCCAUCUCGCCCCCGAGGACGGCGGCAUUACCGUCACCCAGCUGCAGGUCGGCUCCAAGAUCAACCGCAACCCCUUCGUCGAGACAACUCUCAGCUACGCUCUCACCUACAUCGAACGCGUCAACCAGCAACGCCCCAACCACUCUCUCACCUCCACCCGUCUUAUUAUCCUCGCCGACAACGACUACUACUCGUUGCCCGCCGGUGCUACAGCCACUGCCGGCAAGGACUCUCGCUUCGCGCGGUACCCCCAUACGAUCGGCGAGGCGCACAAGACCGGCCUCGGCUCGUCCGCCGCGCUCGUGACCUCCCUGACUGCGGCCCUACUGACUCACCACCUACCGCCCGCGCUCUUCGACCUCGAUACGGAGGCGGGUAAGCACACGCUGCACAACCUCGCCCAGGCGGCGCACUGCGCCGCCCAGGGGAAGGUCGGCUCCGGCUUCGAUGUCGCCGCCGCCGUGUUCGGCAGCUGCAGGUACCGCCGCUUCUCGCCGUCGUUGCUCUCGGACCUCGCCGCCCCCGGGACGCCGAGCUUCGCCGACGCGCUGGUGAGGAAGGUCGACGAGGUCCUCGCGUGGGAUGUCGAGGUCGACAAGACGGGUGUGAGCCUGCCCAAGGGCGUUUGUCUGCGGAUGUGCGACGUAGACUGCGGAAGUCAGACUGUGGGAAUGGUGAAGAAGGUCUUGGAGUGGAGGAAGAGCCAUCCGGAGGUGUCCAAAACGUUGUGGGACGAGCUGCAAGCAAAGAACGAGGGUCUCGCGAAGGUGCUGAAGGACGGUGAGGUCGAGAGCGUCGGCGCGGCAGUCGGGGACGUCAGGAAGCUGAUUCGGGCGAUGGGCGACGGCAGCGGCGUGCCGAUCGAGCCCGAAUCGCAGACCGAGCUUCUGGACGCGCUGGGGGCAGUCGAUGGCGUGUUGGGGGGCGUGGUGCCUGGCGCCGGCGGCUUCGAUGCGCUUGCGCUGGUGAUGCGCGAUGAUGAUGCGACCAGGAAGAGGGUCGAGGAGUUCCUGGAUGGGUGGAGCAAGGAGAAGGGCGGACGGGUGCGACUAUUGGGUGUCAUGGGGGAGAUGGAGGGUGCGAGGAGGGAGUCACUCGACACAUAUGCCGGGUGGUUGUCUUAA